UGGGCCAUUCAAGCCCCUUCUUACAUAAAGCCCGUCGAUUGGUGAGUAGUGCGUAUUACGCAAUUUGCGCACAUUAGAAGCAGGCACUGACAAUUGAACUCCAUUUCUAAUCUUCAACCAUUUCAUACUUUGGGACGCAGAUCGAACACCUUCAUUCAAUUGUGCACACGGAUCCUUGAUCAGCAUUCUCAAUGCUCCAACUUCAAACACGAUCAAUUCAAUGGCUCGCCAAACCCUAGAAUUCAUAAUUUUAACUCAUCCGAUCCUGUUUAUUGACCAGAUCUCGUCAAUCUGAUCUCGGAGUUCUUCGAAGAAAUCCCUAAAUCAAUGGCGGGGGCCGCCUCGGCACUCUUCCUUCUCGACAUCAAAGGCCGCGUUCUGGUGUGGCGCGAUUACAGGGGCGAUGUCUCUGCUGUUCAAGCCGAGCGCUUCUUCGCCAAGCUCAUGGAGAAAGAGGGUGAUCCAGAGUCUCAAGAUCCUGUUGUGUAUGAUAAUGGUGUUACAUACAUGUUUAUACAACACAAUAAUGUUUUCCUAAUGACCGCAUCAAGGCAGAACUGCAAUGCUGCCAGCCACCUCCUCUUUCUACACCGUGUUGUUGAUGUCUUUAAGCAUUAUUUUGAAGAGUUAGAAGAGGAAUCACUUAGGGAUAAUUUUGUGGUAGUGUAUGAGUUGCUUGAUGAGAUGAUGGACUUUGGUUACCCUCAGUAUACUGAAGCAAAGAUUCUGAGUGAAUUUAUCAAGACUGAUGCUUAUAGGAUGGAAGUUUCCCAGAGGCCUCCCAUGGCUGUAACAAAUGCGGUGUCUUGGCGCAGUGAAGGGAUACGUUACAAGAAGAAUGAAGUAUUCUUGGAUGUGGUGGAAAGUGUUAAUAUACUUGUAAACAGCAAUGGGCAAAUAAUUAGAUCGGAUGUUGUUGGAGCAUUGAAGAUGAGAACAUAUUUGAGUGGUAUGCCAGAGUGUAAGCUUGGGCUAAACGACAGAGUAUUGUUGGAGGCACAAGGUCGAUCAACAAAAGGAAAAGCCAUUGAUCUGGAUGACAUCAAGUUCCACCAAUGUGUUCGUUUGGCUCGAUUUGAGAAUGAUCGAACAAUAUCCUUUAUUCCUCCAGAUGGAUCUUUUGAUCUCAUGACAUAUAGGCUCAGUACUCAGGUAAAACCUCUGAUAUGGGUGGAAGCUCAAGUUGAAAGGCAUUCAAGAAGUCGUAUCGAGAUCAUGGUCAAAGCACGGAGCCAGUUCAAGGAGCGUAGCACUGCAACAAAUGUUGAAAUUGAAUUGCCUGUACCAUCUGAUGCUACCAAUCCAAAUAUUCGAACAUCAAUGGGAUCUGCUGCAUAUGCACCUGAGAAUGAUGCAUUACUCUGGAAGAUAAAGUCUUUUCCUGGUGGCAAGGAGUAUAUGUUGAGGGCAGAGUUCAGUCUUCCCAGUAUAACAGCUGAAGAAGGAGCUCCUGAGAGAAAAGCUCCCAUACGUGUGAAGUUUGAGAUACCAUAUUUUACUGUUUCUGGAAUACAGGUUCGCUACCUGAAGAUCAUUGAGAAAAGUGGUUAUCAGGCUCUGCCUUGGGUGAGAUACAUAACUAUGGCUGGGGAGUAUGAACUAAGACUUAUUUAAAAGCCACUUGCAUCCCUUGGUGUUUUGCGGUUACACCAAGUUUUGUUAGCAGGCUUUGUUCAUUUAGGACUUGCACUUUAGGUGUAAACAUGGAAGCCUCAUGGGAAGUCAAAUUAUCCCACUAUCAUCAGUCCAGAGCAUUGUCUUGCUUUUGCCAAAUUUUUCUUACCUGUAUCUGCAUCAUGAUUGUUUUAAUCUUAACAGAGGUUUGUAAGAGUUGGUCACCCAGAAACGACUUUUUUUUUUUUUUUUUGUGAAAAUUCCAAAACCUUUAUUGUGAAUCAAAUGUUUGUGAGAUUUUGAUUA